AUGAAGAGUCUUGAAGAAAAGGAGAGAAAAUUGCUAGAAAAGGAGAGAGAAGCACAAGUUUUUCAUCAGCAGUUAGAUCAGAAGGAAAGAGAAGAAGCAGAGAAAGAGCAAGAAAUAAGAAGAUAUUGUCAUCAGCUACAAGAGAAGGAUAGGGAGCAUCAGGUGGUACUGCAAGAGAAAGAUAGGGAGCUACAUGAGUCUCAAGAUCACUGGAGUAUUAAUAAAGAUGAGGUGACUUUGACAAAGGAGGAGUUAGGAAGAGGAUCUUAUGCUGUCGUUACAGUUGGUAUCUUUAGAGGUUUAAGAGUAGCUGUCAAGUCACUUCAUAAUAUCAUCAUCUCAGAUUAUAAUCUAGGUAUCUUCUCCAGGGAAAUGAGUAUAGCAUUACGAGUACGCCAUCCUAACCUGGUCCAGUUUAUUGGUGCAACUAAAGUGGGUAAUCCUCUCAUCUUGACCGAGCUGAUGAGUACUAAUCUUUAUAAAAAGCUUCAGGAGACUGAGUUAGCCAAUGAACAGAUUCUGAGUAUUGCUCAAGAUGUAGCUUUAGGUCUCAACUACCUUCACCUGUUUAAGCCUCAGCCUAUUAUUCACAGAGAUGUGAGCAGUCCUAACGUAUUAUUAAAGCCUUGCAGUGGAGCUGCUGGUUAUGAAGCUAAAGUAGCAGAUUAUGGUACAGCUAAAUUGCAACAAGGCACCAGUACUGGUACUGUUAUGCCAGGCAAUCCAGCAUAUGCUGCACCAGAAGCUCGUGAUCCUGAUCAACACAGUCCAGCAAUGGAUGUCUACAGUUACUCUGUUCCCCUUAUGGAAAUGAAUUUACGCUGUCCACCAGAAAUGACGACAGCAGACAGAGCACGACAAUGUGGUAGAGUCUCCUGGUCUGAUAUGAAGUCUCUUAUACAAAGAGGACUUAAUGCUAAACGUAAUGAUCGUCCUACUAUGGCUCAAGUAGUAGAGUCAUUGAAAAGGAUGAAGAUUUGA